GCUGUGAUGCGAGAAUGUGAGUUCACAUGCUUUUGUCCUUGGACCCACAUGGCCUGCCUUGGCUGUUCCAUUCGGUCAUAUGCCCAAAAAGCUCUCGUUAAAUCCCCUACCUGCUGCACUUUGCCAUCCAUCGAUUUGAUUUUAUAUGAUGCAACUUGGUGUUAUCCCAACUUUGUAAGUUUAGUGUGAUUAUCUCUUUGAAGCUUAGGUAGAGGAGUGAGCACUAGUAGUUGAUUAAUAGGAUUUGUAUUGUAAGUGUGAUACUGCUCCACCACACGUGUCUAUAUCGCUUCCUUCCAUUCCAUCACCUCGCAUUCAUUCCAAUUAGUGAUCUUGAGGGGCUCCAUCUGCAACUUUUCACCUUGGAUAUAUUUGCAUCCUUGCUUUUCCCAGCUCUCCUCGCCCUUUCCCCUUCUUAGAGCUGAUUCUCUCGAUUGAUUACCUAGUACUACUGCAAUUCACAUUGUCAGCUCUUGCUUGUUCCCAGGAGGAUCAGUUUCUUGCUGAGCAAUGGAUCCUGAGUUCGGGAGAGGCAUGGCGCCUCGAAAGGUGAGAGAGCUUUUUCCAGCUUAAGCCGUGAGAGAGCCAUGGCGGACGACGCUGCUGCUGGCGUACCAGAGCCUCGGGGUGGUGUACGGCGACCUGAGCAUCUCGCCCCUGUACGUGUACAAGAGCACCUUCGCGGAGGACAUCACCCACUCGGAGUCCAACGAGGAGAUCUUCGGCGUCCUCUCCUUCGUCUUCUGGACCCUCACCCUCAUCCCCCUCAUCAAGUACGUCUCCAUCGUCCUCCGCGCCGACGACAACGGCGAAGGAGGGACGUUUGCGCUCUACUCUCUGAUCUGCAGGCACGCCAAUGUGAGCCUCCUCCCAAACAGGCAGGUCGCCGACGAGGAGCUCUCCACGUACAAGCUGGAGUACCCGCCUGAAGUGGCUAACAGGUCUCGAAUCAAGGAGUGGCUUGAGAAGCACAAGACUCUGCAGACUGCUCUGCUGAUCAUGGUGAUGAUUGGAACCUGUAUGGUCAUCGGGGAUGGCGUCCUCACGCCCGCGAUAUCUGUAUUCUCAGCGGUUUCAGGGCUUGAACUCUCCUUGUCCAGGGAUCAGCAUGAAUAUGCCGUCAUUCCGAUAACAUGUGUCAUAUUAGUGUUCCUGUUUGCACUCCAGCAUUACGGUACCCAUCGUGUCGGAUUUCUCUUUGCACCAAUAGUCCUAGCCUGGUUGAUUUGCAUGAGCAUGCUUGGCUUGUACAAUAUCAUCCACUGGAACCCUCAAGUUUAUCGCGCUCUUAAUCCCUAUUACAUGCUCAAAUUCUUGAGGAAGACUAAGAAGUCUGGGUGGAUGUCCCUGGGGGGAAUUUUGCUCUGCAUGACAGGAUCUGAAGCAAUGUUUGCUGAUCUUGGCCAUUUCUCCUACAGUGCAAUCCAGCUUGCUUUCACUACAUUAGUAUACCCUGCACUGAUUUUGGGAUACAUGGGCCAAGCUGCGUAUUUAUCGAAACAUCACACUCUGAACUCAACCUACCAAAUUGGUUACUAUAUAUCGGUUCCAGAGAGUGUAAGGUGGCCUGUGCUUGUGCUGGCAAUUUUGGCAUCGGUCGUCGGAAGCCAAGCAAUCAUCAGUGGAACAUUCUCCAUCAUCAACCAGAGCCAGUCACUCAGUUGCUUCCCAAGAGUGAAAGUGGUGCACACAUCUGAGAAUAUCCAUGGCCAGAUUUACAUCCCUGAGAUCAACUGGCUGCUCAUGGUCCUCUGCAUUGCUGUGACUGUCGGUUUUCGCGAUACCAAGCAUAUGGGAAAUGCAUCCGGAUUGGCAGUGAUCACGGUGAUGCUGGUGACGACAUGCCUGACAUCCUUGGUGAUCAUGCUGUGUUGGCACCGGAGUCCGGCGCUGGCACUCGUCUUCUUCCUCUUCUUCGGCUCCAUCGAGGUGCUCUACUUCUCGGCGUCGCUGAUCAAGUUCCGGGAGGGGGCGUGGCUGCCGAUCAUGCUGGCGCUCAUCCUCAUGGCCGUCAUGUUCAUCUGGCACCACACCACCAUCAAGAAGUACGAGUUCGACCUGCACAACAAGGUGACCCUGGAGUGGCUGCUCGCCCUGGGCGACAAGCUGGGCAUGGUGCGCGUCCCGGGCAUCGGCCUCGUCUACACCGACCUCACCUCCGGCGUGCCGGCCAACUUCUCCCGCUUCGUCACCAACCUCCCGGCGUUCCACCGCGUGCUGGUGUUCGUCUGCGUCAAGUCCGUCCCGGUACCGCACGUGCUUCCCGCCGAGCGCUACCUCGUCGGCCGCGUCGGCCCGGCGGGGCACCGGUCGUACCGGUGCAUCGUGCGGUACGGCUACCGCGACGUGCACCAGGACGUGGACUCGUUCGAGGCGGAGCUCGUCGAGAGCCUCGCCACCUUCAUCAAGCUGGACGCGCUGUACCACCGCUGCAGCGACGCCGGCAGCGGGAGCGAGCAGCUCGACGACGGCCGCUACGAGCGCGAGAACGCGCUCACGGUGAUCGGGACGAACCCUCUCCGGCGAUGCCUCAGCUACGAGGCCUCCCACGACGGCGUGUCCUCGGUGGACGCCGCGCGCAGCCCGAACGGGAUAGUGGAGGUCCCGGCGGCGGCGGCGGCGGCGCCGGUGACGAAGAAGGUGAGGUUCGUGGUGGAGGCGGCGAGCCCGGAGGUGGAGAAGGGCGUGGUGGAGGAGCUGCAGGAGCUGUGCGAGGCGAGGGAGGCCGGCACGGCGUUCAUCCUGGGGCACUCGCACGUGCAGACCAAGCCGGGCUCGUCGCUGCUGAAGAAGCUCGCCGUCGGCGUCGGGUACAACUUCCUCCGGCGAAACUGCCGCGGCCCGGACGUGGUGCUGCGCGUGCCGCCGGCGUCGCUGCUCGAGGUCGGCAUGGUCUACGUCCUAUGA